AUGGCCGGAGAAGCAAGCGACAAGGCUCCCGCAGCUCCUGCUGAGCAGCUGGAGAACCUCCAGCUCGACGAGGUCACUGGGGAGAAGGUCUCCAAGUCCGAACUCAAGAGGCGACAGAAGCAGCGUCAAAGAGAAGAGGAGAAGGCCAAGAAGGCGGCUGCUGCCCCUCCCAAGGUUGCUUCCAAGAAGAAGGAGGAUGAAGAGGAAUUGGACCCUCGAAUGUACUACGAAAACCGAAGCAAGGCCAUCAAGACGCUUCUCGAGACCAACAGCCCCAAUCCUUACCCUCACAAGUUUCAUGUCACCUAUGAUGACAAGCAGUUUGUCGCCGACUAUGAGCAUCUCAAGUCCGGAGACGUCGACCGUACCAAGGUGCUCCAAAUCGCUGGCAGGAUCUACAACCGAAGGUCUCUUGGCAAGCUCAUUUUCUAUGACCUCAAGACCGCCGCCGACACCGUCUCCAUCGGCACGAGCAUCCAGAUCAUGUGCCAAGCCGAGAACGUCCCCGAGGGCACCACCCCAUUCGAGAAGCAACACGAGAACCUGCAAAGAGGUGAUGUGAUUGGAGUCAUCGGAUACCCAGGCCGUACUGCGCCCAAGAAGCUCAUCGAGCAGGGCAAGCAAGGCGAGCUUUCCAUCUUUGCGUCAGAGGUCAUCCUGCUCGCACCUUCUCUGCACAUGCUGCCCACACAACACUAUGGUUUCAAGGACCACGAACAACGUUUCCGUCAGCGAUACCUGGACCUCCUGUUCAACGACGCUUCGCGUCAGACCAUGUGGACCCGGUCCAAGAUCGUUCGGUAUAUUCGAGACUUCUUCAACGACCGCCGCUUCCUGGAGGUCGAGACCCCCAUGAUGACGGCCAUCCCAGGUGGAGCCACUGCCCUGCCCUUCAUCACGCACCACAACGAUCUUGAUUUGGACAUGUACAUGCGAAUUGCACCUGAGCUGUUCCUCAAGAUGUUGAUUGUCGGACAAUUUGGUAAGGUGUUUGAGCUGGGAAAGAACUUCCGAAACGAAGGAAUCGACCUGACCCACAACCCUGAAUUCACAUCUGUCGAGUUCUACUGGGCAUACGCCGACGUCUAUGACGUCUUGAAGAUCACGGAAGAGCUCGUGUCUGGCCUCGUCAAGCAUCUGACUGGCGGCUACAAGACCAAGUUCACCAACCAGCACGGCGAGACCUACGAUGUGAACUGGGAGGCCCCAUGGCGACGUGUGGAGAUGCUUCCAGAGCUGGAGCGUGUCAGUGGCGAGAAGUUCCCGCCCUACGAGGAGAUGCACACAGCUGAGAGUGGAGAGUUCCUGAAGAAGGUUCUCAAGAAGAUGAAUGUUGAUUGCCCGCCACCACUGACCAACGCUCGCAUGCUCGACAAGCUGGUUGGAGAGUUUAUCGAGGAGACAUGUAUCAACCCAACGUUCAUCCUGGAACACCCCGAGCUGAUGUCUCCACUCGCCAAGUACCACCGAGAGAAGAAGGGUCUGUGUGAGCGAUUCGAGGCGUUCGUGUGCAAGAAGGAGAUUGCCAAUGCCUACACGGAGUUGAACAACCCCUUCGACCAAAGGGCGCGGUUUGCAGAGCAGGCGAACCAGAAGGCCCAAGGUGACGAUGAGGCACAGCCAAUCGACGAGAACUUCUUGACAGCACUGGAGUACGGUCUGCCACCCACGGGUGGUUGGGGCCUGGGUAUCGAUCGGCUGGUCAUGUUCUUGACGGACAACUACGCCAUCAGGGAGGUGCAGGCAUUCCCUUUCAUGAAGGACGAGCAAGGAGGCAAGAAGGAGAAGCUGUCAGAUGUGGUUGAUAUCGAACCGAAGCCGGCCGAGGGAAUUGCACACAAGUAG